CUUCCUACUUUUGUCAAUCUAGGACGACACUACCUAAGGCCCCCCCUAGUUCUCUCCGCCACCCUCUCUUUCCUUUUCUGUACUCUUUCUUAUAUCAUCAUCAUCAUCUACACAAUCAAAUUUCCCAUUUCUCAUUUCUCACACACACAAAAAAAAUGGCAUCACAAUCUUUAAGUUUCUUAACUUCAACUUCCAUUUCACAAGACUUUACACACUUUCACACAAAACCCAUCUUCCAAACACUCAAACCCUUAAUACCCAUUUCCAAAUUCUCAAAAAGAUCAUUACUUGUCGUGUCUGCAGACAACGCUUUAACCGCACAGUAUAUUGGUGGGGAUAAUGGGUCUAAUCCAGUUAGUGUUAAAGACAGUAUAAUUAGUAGUAAUGAUUCUGGGGCUAUUGAGGUUGAUGCCGUGACAGAAGCUGAAUUGAAAGAAAAUGGGUUUAGAAGUACAAGAAGGACGAAACUCGUGUGCACGAUCGGGCCGGCGACGUGUGGGUUUGAACAAUUGGAAGGGUUGGCAGUUGGCGGGAUGAAUGUGGCUAGGAUUAAUAUGUGUCAUGGAACACGUGAGUGGCACAAGAGUGUGAUUGAGAAAGUUAGGAGGUUGAAUGAGGAAAAAGGGUAUGCAGUUGCCAUUAUGAUGGAUACUGAAGGUAGUGAGAUUCAUAUGGGUGAUCUUGGUGGUGCCCCUUCUGCUAAAGCUGAGGAUGGAGAAGUAUGGACUUUCAGUGUUCGAGCUUAUGAUUCCCUUCGGCCAGAUCGUGCUAUUACCGUGAACUAUGAUGGCUUUGCAGAAGAUGUGAAAGUGGGAGAUGAACUUCUUGUUGAUGGUGGAAUGGUGAGGUUUGAGGUGAUUGAAAAGAUCGGUCCAGAUGUCAAGUGCUUGUGUACUGAUCCUGGACUUUUGCUACCUCGGGCUAACUUGACCUUUUGGCGAGAUGGAAGCUUAGUUCGUGAACGUAAUGCCAUGCUUCCAACAAUCUCUUCAAAGGAUUGGUUGGAUAUCGAUUUUGGGAUAGCAGAAGGUGUUGAUUUUAUUGCCGUAUCAUUUGUGAAGUCAGCAGAAGUGAUUAAUCAUCUUAAAAGUUACAUCAAAGCACGUUCUCGUGAUGGGGACAUAGCAGUACUUGCAAAGAUCGAGAGCAUUGACUCGUUGAAAAACUUGGAGGAAAUAAUCCUAGCUUCUGAUGGAGCCAUGGUAGCCAGAGGCGAUCUUGGCGCACAAAUCCCACUAGAACAGGUUCCGUUGGCUCAACAAAAGAUUGUAGAAGUGUGCAGACAAUUAAACAAACCAGUAAUCGUUGCUUCUCAGCUGCUUGAAUCUAUGAUUGAGUACCCUACACCCACCAGAGCGGAAGUGGCAGAUGUUUCUGAAGCAGUGAGACAACGAGCUGAUGCUCUUAUGCUCUCUGGUGAGUCUGCCAUGGGUCAGUUUCCUGACAAGGCUUUGACCGUUUUGAGAAGUGUUAGUUUGAGAAUCGAGAAGUGGUGGAGGGAUGAGAAACGACAUGAAGUUAUGGAUCUCCCGGAUAUCGCUUCUUCUUUCUCUGAUAGUAUUUCUGAAGAGAUCUGCAAUUCUGCUGCCAAAAUGGCUAAUAACUUAGAGGUGGAUGCUCUCUUUGUCUACACAAAAGACGGACAUAUGGCAUCACUCCUCUCACGUAGUCGCCCUGACUGCCCCAUUUUUGCUUUCACAACAGAUACUUCUGUCAGAAGACGUUUAAAUCUACAAUGGGGCCUAAUACCAUUUCGCCUGGGCUUCUCAGAUGACAUGGAAAGCAACUUAAACAAAACCUUCUCACUGCUCAAAGCUCGAGGCAUGAUCAAAUCUGGUGAUCUUGUUAUUGCUGUAUCCGACAUGUUGCAGUCGAUUCAAGUUAUGAAUGUGCCAUAAGAAACACUUGUUUUCAGCCAAUUUACCGGGGCUCUUGAUGCUCUAUCUUGAUGCCAACAGUAUCAAGUAUUGUAUUCGUUUUUCAUAUGUGAGACUUUUUAUGGACUUCCUCCGUGUAUUGAGACUUGACGUUUUUGGAGAAAGCUGUAGUUUAUUACUCGUGGAUUGUAUAAUUUGAUGACUUCGGUUUUGGUUCAAUUGAAAAGGCUGUUUAUCUAAA